AAGCUGCUUUUUCUGUCAAUCAUCGCCAGGCCACGCCCGACACAAGUACGUUCUUCCUGUCAAUCAUCGCCAGGCCACGCCUCUCCCGUGCCUCUUACACAAACAGCAGCAGCUCGAGAGAGAGUAAAUAGAGAAAAGAUGGCGGAGUUCAUUCAGCUCAACAAACCCACCGAACCGAAACCAGCGUCCCAGAACCGGGAGCACCAUCAUCAUCCUCCACCGGCCAAGAAAAUCCGACAGGAGGAGAAAAUUUUUAAAGCCAAGAAGAUGAACGGAGGCGCGGAGCAGCAGAAUUACAGCAGCAAACCGAAAAACAAGAAAACCAAAACAGAGAAAGACAGAGACCGAGAGAAAGAUAGAGAGAGGGAGAAAGAGAAAGGCAAAGAGAGAGAAAAAGAGAGGAAGAAACACAAACUGGCGGCUGAAAAUCACCUCAGUGUGAAGAAGGAAAACGGAGAGCUGAAGUUGUCGCAGAAAGAACACACCAUCAAAGACAAAGAGAAACAGAGAGACCGAGACCGUGAGAAAAAGAGAGAGAGAGAGAAGGACAGAGAAAAAGAGCAGGAGAAAGAGAUGAAGGAGAAAAGAAAACAUAAGCUGAUGACGGAGAUGAAGAGAGAGAACGGAGAGGUGAAGAUCCUGCAGAAAGGUGACAGAGAGAAGCCGAAGAUAAACUCCGCUGAGGACUUGCUGAUGAAAAAGGUAAAGAAGAAAAAGAAAAAGAAACAUAAAGAAGGUGAAAAGCGAAAGCAGCCCAAGAUGUACAGCAAGUCUAGCCAGACAGUUUGUACUGAUCUCCCCAAAUCUGGGACGGAAUUCAAGCCACCGCCUCCCGUCCAGCAGGGCGGCUCUGUGAGCUCCAGCUGCAGCCUGAAGCAGGAGAACAGCUGCACACAGAGUUCGAGCGCUACAGACGGAGACGGCGUGGCCAAAGCCGCUAAACUGCCCGGGCUGGACCGGCUGGAGUUCGGCUGUCUGGUUCAUGUGGAGAACCAGCCCAACGGAGGCGCCCUGGUGCUGCACGCCUACAGCAAAGAGCUCUCUGUCCUGUCUCCUGUGGAGAUGCAGAGGUUUGCGCAGGAGUUUGUGACCUUGGCGUUUUGCGAGGACCAGGACGGGGCCGCCAACUACGUCAUGGGUGUGAUUCAUGGGGCCGCCUCCUACCUCCCAGACUUCCUGGAGUACUUCUCCAGUAAGUUCCCCAACUCACCCGUCAAAAUGGAAAUCCUGGGGAAAAAGGACAUCGAGACGACUACUAUGGCAAACUUUCACUCUCAGGUGAGGAGGAGUUACUCACACGGGACGUACCGCGCCGGCGCUAUGAGGCAAAUCAGUCUGGUGGGUGCUGUGGACGAGGAGGUGGGCGAUUAUUUCCCAGAAUUCCUCAGCAUGUUGGAGAAGUCGCCCUUCUUGGAGCGGACGCUGCCGUGGGGGACGUUCUCCAGUCUGAAGCUGAAGAGCCCGACAGAGAGUGACGACGGUCCCAUCAUGUGGGUUCGGCCCGGAGAGCAGAUGAUCCCCGUCACUGACAUGCCAAAGUCUCCCUUCAAGCGGAAACGGUCAACCAAUGAAAUUAAGAAUCUCCAGUAUUUGCCUCGAGCCAGUGAGCCACGAGAGAUGCUGUUUGAGGACCGAACCCGAGCUCAUGCUGACCACAUCGGUCAAGGGUUUGAACGCCAGACUACUGCUGCCGUGGGAGUGCUGAAAGCCGUGCGCUGCGGUGAAGGUGCUGAACCUCCACGCAUAACCAAAGACGUGAUCUGUUUCCACGCUGCUGAUUUUCCUGACGUGGUGCAGCGGCUUCAGCUAGACCUGUACGAGCCGCCCCUGUCUCAGUGUGUGCAGUGGGUCGACGAUGCUAAACUCAAUCAGCUGAGGCGAGAGGGAAUCCGCUACGCUCGUAUCCAGCUCUACGAUAAUGACAUCUACUUUAUCCCUCGCAACGUGGUUCACCAGUUCAAGAGCGUGUCGGCCGUGUGCAGCCUCGCCUGGCAUGUGCGCUUGAAACAGUAUCAUCAGGAGCCCGAGGAAGAGGAGGCUCGCGAGGAAGGCGCUGAGCUGAAGCAGCACAUCAUCAAGCAGGAGUCGACUGGUGAGAACAUCAAAGCUGCUGCAAACACGGACUUCAGACCCGCGCGAGAGUCGCCGUGCGUAACGCAAAUAAAGAUGGAGAGGGCGGAGCUACUUGCCGAGAGACCGCCCAAGGCUCUUCCCGGAAGCAACAGCUUGACCCCGCCUCUUGUCUCCUCGCCUGACGGACGACCCAAAGUGCACCACGUGUCAGAAUGUCCCAGCGCUCCCUCACACCCUUCCACCGCCGCAGCCAACACGUCACGCAACUCCACAGCCAGUCCGUACACACCCAAAGCCACACACACACCGGCUCCAACCAAACACACACACCCCUCGGCAUCCAGGUAUUUCCACUCUUCCUCUGUCCCCAAACCGGGCCACACACCCUCAACACCCACUAAACCCAGCCAUUCUGCCAACACAACCAAACCAACACAAAGUACAAACACCACCAAACCCACACACUCUACUAACACAACCAAACCCACACAAAGUACUAACACAACCAAACCCACACACUCUACUAACACAACCAAACCCACACAAAGUACUAACACAACCAAACCCACACACUCUACUAACACAACCAAACCCACACAAAGUACUAACAUACCCAAACUAACACAAAGUACUAACACAACCAAACCCACACACUCUGCGAACACAGCCAAACACACACACUCCACACUAAUAACCAAACCCGGCCCCAAACUGAGCUCUGGACUGUCAAUCAGCUGGACUGCUCCGCCCCUGGCCCCGCCCCAUUCGAGGCCGGACCGCCCCCAAGACUCUCUGCACCCAAAGGCCGUCAGGCCGCACCCGCAUGAACCACACAAAGACUUUUUAUACUGAUUUGUACAGAACGGUUUUUAAACAGCGCUUCAUUUAUUCACGUUCAUUUCUACUGUCGGUUUUACUUUCUUUUUAAUCGAUCUGACAAGAGCAGAGAAAGAAACAGCGGCACGUCUCCAAGACUUCUGUUAGACAGUCAACUUCUGCUGAAUCUCUCUCAUCUGUCUCUCUCUCUUUCUCUCUGUCUUUCUCCUGUUACUGGUUGUCAACAUGGCAAAUGUAGCUCGUAACUCGCUCCUCAGUGCCUGUCCGUAACUGUGAAAUAUCCAAGCACUUCGGCUCGGCUGCACUGAGAAAAUACUUCAAAUCCAAACAGGUCCUUGAAUAAUAUAUUUUCAGUUGUAGGCUUUAGUCGUAUUAGAGCUGACAUGAACAUAUAUAUUUUUUGUAAGAUGACAAUUCUUUUAAAGACUCUACAGGCUUUUCCAUAGAGCUUAUUUAUAUCAAGGGUUUCUUUGGUUCUGUUUGAUUCGUCAGCACUGUAGUGUACAUAACGAUUUUUCUAAAGCAAAUGUGUAGUGUGAUUUAUACUGAAAUAAGAACCUCCUAAUAAAAGGUUCAGUUUGUUGGA